UGGGUCAUUCCAAGAGGAGGGCGCUUCGGGAGCCUCUGCCUUGGGUGCCAGACCCUUGGUUCUGGGAAGACUGUGUGAUCGGCAUCUGCACGUCCAUUCGCUUCCUUUCGCUUUUUGAACAUCGAGCAACCAAGUCCAAUGGAGUUGCUGGUAUUUCAAAUCUUCAACCAUCCUAUGCCGUUGCGGGACCCCUCCGUGUCGGAGACUUCUCUCAAGAUCGAGCUAUCCCCUGCAUCUUCGCACCCGUUCAACUGUCGGAAUAUGCACCGUCGACAUCACUUACCUUCAAGCGUGAGCGAUGCCUGGCCUAAAAUUCGCUCGCAACGCCCUCUGCGGACAAAGACAAAACUUCGUAUGCACUACUUGGGCUACGGAAGACCCAUUUCACUAGUUUCUCUCGCUUUGGGGACCUAUUAUCAAUGUCCAACCUCGAGGUGGCUUCCAUCAUGAUUGUCACCUAGGCACGGUCCAAGAUCCGAAGUGUCAUUUUGUGCGCCACAAAUACUGCCCCUGUCAUGGCCCCUGCCACCAAGCAGACUGUUUGUGACUUGUCAAGCCCGACCAAAUACCGAGCCCAAGUUGAUGCCCUGCAGCAUUCAUGCUCUCUCCGGUUAAUGGCUUUUGACGGGAUCACUCGCCAACGCUCGAGUGAGUUACUGUCUCACCCUGGUGCCGCACAGCUGGGCCUUUGGAUGCACAAAGUUGCUGCACGUUUGGCUCGUGCACUGCCAAUCUGAUUUUCCUUCGACAAUGAUGUUCGUGUACGGCGUGGCUGCUCCGCAACAUACGACCCCCUUGAAGUGGAUCAAGCACGGGUUCAUCUUAGAGGCAACUUAGUCCCUGGGCGGCCUCAACCUCAGCCGAGAGGGUUGGCUUUCAAGAAGCUCUCUCUGUUCUUGGGCGCCCUGUGGGGGAGGAGAAACAUGGCUCAGCUUCUUGGACUACCAAGCCGCCACACGACGACUCUGGGAUGGCGCAAUCCGCAUUGGUCGCUUACCGGAUAUCAUACGAAGUCGCUUGCCGCACCAACUUUGUGACAUCCCCGUGACGGCAUCCGAUCUAUCGCUGCAGAGCACUCUCAGUCUGGUCACGGCCAUCCUUCCUCACUUGGGCCAUGCCGCCGCGUCAUCCCACCAAUCUGACAUUGUCGAUGUGGAAAGAUGGGUCUGUUGAAAAGGAGGAAAUCAAGUCACCAGGCCGAUCGGCUUGCUGGUGCCCGAACUGGGAUACGAUCGAUCCAUCCCCGGACUGCAGAGAACAGAAAUACUCGAUUUGGAACUUUCUGAUCCCCCAUGCUUCUUCUUCGGCUCAUGGUUCCACUAGUCGGGCGCUUGGAGGCCCCUGGACGCACGACUCGGUGUACGAACUGGUCAUUCAUCCAUUACGUUAUAUCUCAAAAUCCAGUCUUUCCAGCAAAUAGGACAACAG